AUGUCGCUUUUUUUCAACUCAAAAGUUUUGCCACGGUGGUCUUUCCCCAUGCUUCUUGAGAUAGGAGUGCGUUCGUACGCGGGAGGCCCAAGAACAAAGCAUAAAAGAUAUUCUCCAUUAGCUUCAGUGCCUUCAGGAAGUAACAGCAAAGACAGAAAACAGAAAUCCAAAGGGAAAAAAGGCGACAGAAAGAAGGACUCUGACCAAGCAUUCAAUUUUGGACAGUAUGGUGGAUUGAAAAAUGACGUUGAUAUGAACAUGGACAGUACCAGUAAACUAAUACAAAAAAUAUCAAAUUUCGAUCAAUUGCUUAUAUUACCAUCCGUUAGAGAUGCUGUAAAAGAAAUUAUUUCCAAAGAGUCGUUGAAGCUCCAAGAUAAUAAGAAAAAAACCGAUGAAAAUGUAAUACCGAGCCCCAUUCAAACGGUGGCCAUUAAGAAAAUAUCCAAGAAUUUAAUGGAUCCUAAAUUACAAAUACAUGCCAUUGCCGCCGAAACUGGUUCAGGUAAGACCAUGGCCUACCUGAUACCUUUGAUAGACUACUUGAAAAGACAGGAGUUAGAAACUCCCGAACUAUGGGAAACACUAAGACACAGCAUUCUGAUUCGAUCCAUCAUAUUGGUGCCUACACACGAAUUGGUUGACCAAGUAUACGAAACCGUCUCCAAAACAAAAUCCUUGUUAGGUUUAAACUCUUUCAAGUGGGAUAAGGCCACGUCGUAUCGUGAUCUGCUGGAGAACAUCAAAAAUAGAAUAGAUAUUUUAGUCACGACCCCAGGAAAACUACUAAACCUGUUCUCCAUCAGAAUGAUUACUAGGCCUGAUAAAAUACUGUCCAAAGUCGGUUUCGUAGUGCUAGAUGAAGCUGAUACGCUUCUGGAUAGGUCAUGGCUUGAAGAAACGCACUCCGUCAUAAAGAGAAUUCCUAACAUUAAUCACCUUAUUUUCUGUUCUGCUACCAUCCCUCAAGAGUUUAACAAGACCAUGCAAAGACUAUUUCCCACAGUAAUUCCUAUAAUGACACCUAAACUGCAUAAGUUACCAUUCACUUUGGACUUCAGGGUUAUAAAUUCUGCUCUAAGUCCUUUCAAGGGAUCCAAGAUUAAGGCAUUAGCACAAACUCUAUAUGCUAUUUCAAAUGAUGAUACUGAACCAGGAUUUGAGAAAAGAUGCAUUAUCUUUGUCAACGAAAAAAAGGAUGUACCUGAAAUUGUUAACCUCUUGAAUAACAAAUUCGGCCAUAAUGCCAUUGGUUUAACUGGUGAAGAUACAUUUGAGGAAAGAUCCGAGAAAAUCAUGCCCUUUUUAUCACCACCAAGGCGACUCUCGGAAGUGGUUCCUCAAAAUAUUUCGUCGUCAACUUCUUUGAAGAAACUUGAAAUUCCCGAUUCUAACAUCGUUAUUGGCGAAUUGAAAAGGACAAAUUCUGACGUCACCGUAUCGAGAAACAAGUCCCUGCAUGUACUCGUAACCACUGAUCUCAUGGCAAGAGGACUUAACUUCAAAGGUGUGCGGAACGUUGUUCUCUACGAUGUACCCAAAACGUCAAUAGACCUAAUCCACAGAGUGGGUAGGACUGCUAGAAUGAAACAAGGCGGUCGUGUAUUUAUGCUAACUGACAACAAAACAAAAUCUUGGGCCAAAGCCCUUCCGAAGAUUAUCAAAAAGCACCAAAGGUUAUCAUGA